GUAGGCACCUAACUAUAUUACAAAUUACAAAUGAAACAAUAUACCUUACCAUUUUGAACCAAUAACAUCUCAACCACUAAACUAGAAAGCCGUAUGGAUCGGAGAAACUUUUAUUUCUAGGGAAAAAUAAGUCCGAGAGACUUAGACUUUUGAGAGAAAAUAAUUCGAAAAGAGAGACUUUUACUUUCUGAGAGCGGCCUUUUAUUGCCUGAGAAAAUAUUUUUAGAAUUGUGAAGUAGAUUUGAGCUUCAGAAUCACAUGGCUUGCCUCGUCAUGUUCCUGUUUGUGCACUGUGUUUUACUUGUGUUAGCACCGCUAGAUGUCUCAGCUCAUGAAAAUACAGUGGCUUCUCUUAUGGCACUCAGACUUGCAGUAACACACGAUCCUUUUUCGGCUUUACACAGCUGGAACGAGAGCUCCCGCCAUUUCUGCAACUGGACGGGUGUAAAGUGCCGUGCUUUCAAUCAGCGGAUGGAUGUUGUUGCAAUCGACCUCAAAAAUCUCAGUUUGGGAGGGUUUAUACCUUCUCAGAUUGCCAAUCUCUCCUCUCUUCAACUCCUCGACCUCUCCCACAACAGUUUUAGCGGCCACAUGCCCCCGGCACUCGGCCGCCUGCAGAAACUGAAGCAGCUUUACCUUUCCAAAAACAAUCUUACGGGAAACAUUCCAUCGGAGCUUGGAAAUUUAGGCAGCCUGCAAAUUCUUUCUUCUUAUGGCAACAAUCACAGCGGCAGCAUUCCUGAGGCGCUGGGAAACUGUACCAUGCUGCAAAAGAUGGAUCUUUCGUAUAACCAGUUGACCGGAACCCUUCCUCCGGCAAUGGGAAUGCUCUCUCGCCUUGUGCACAUCUCUCUGGACUUCAAUUAUCUGACCGGACCCGUCCCACCUCGUCUCUUCAAUUGUACAGCCCUGCGGAAUUUGUCGUUGAGCAUCAACGGAUUUUCCGGUCUAAUACCUUCAGAUAUUGGAGCUCGGCUGCCUCACUUGGAGUGGCUAUUUCUGGCCGGAAAUAAAAUCAGUGGCGGCACCAGAAGAAGAGGAAGACAAUACUAAUCGGUGUAUCUGUAGGUAUAGUUGGAGCAUUAAUCACCACAGGGUUUGUCCUCUGGAUAAUAUGGAACUGCAUUCGGAAAAGAUCAUCUCAAACCACUUCUGUAAAAACAGCAGGCAGUCUGAGGAUUUCGAUGGAAGAACUGAAGAGAGCAACCGGAGACUACAGCUGCGAUAACUUAAUCGGUGCUGGCAGCUACGGAUCUGUUUACAGAGGGGUUCUAUCGAGCGGGGAGAGCGUGGCCAUAAAGGUGUUCAGGGUUUCGAAUUCGGAAAGGGCAGAAAGAAGCUUCAUCAGAGAAUGCAAGAGUCUGGGGAAAGUCAGGCACCGGAAUCUGCUAAAGAUAAUAAGUGCGUGCUCUUCAACAGACUUCAAGGCUCUGGUGCUGCCAUUGAUGGCCAACGGAAGCCUGGAUCGGCAUUUGCAAGGGGACCAACCGCUGAGUUUGCAGAGACGGUUCAGUAUUUUGUGUGACGUGGCGCAGGGACUGCGUUACUUGCAUCACGACUGUUCACCUCAAAUCGUGCACUGUGAUUUGAAACCGCAGAAUGUGCUGCUGGACGAGGACAUGACGGCUUACGUGGCAGAUUUCGGAAUUGCGCGGCUCUUCGGUCCAACCGAUGACUCCGCCAACACAAGCUCAGCACUGAAAGGAACCGUGGGCUACAUCCCGCCAGAAUAUGGAUUUGGGGGAUUAAUUUCAACAAAAGGAGAUGUAUAUAGUUAUGGAAUUCUAAUGUUGGAGGUGAUUACACAAAAACAACCAACAGAUGACAUGUUCACUGGGGAAUUGACUUUGUCUCAAUGGGUUUCAAUGAUAAUUCCAAGAGUAUUAGAAAAUUGCAGUCAAACCAUUCCUUUAGAUGAUAUAUAUGAUACAAAUGAAGAAUUCCAACGAGCAUUAAAACAUUCAACACUAGAAGAUCUCAUACAACUUGGUUUGUGGUGUAUUGAUAAAGUUCCUAAUAAUCGACCAAGCAUGCAACAAGUAGAAAACACACUAGCAGAGAUGUCACACACAAUUCAUCAUAAUCAUCACAACUUAACAAACAUUUAAAUUUGAUUAACUAUUGUUAACAGUGUGAAUUUUGUUGAUAUUACAAGUUCCUCCAAAUAGAAAUUUACUUUUGUUCCAAAAUUUAAA